AUGGCCUCCAACUCGCGAUCAGGGACUGGCUCUCCGUCGCACGAAAUGCCGGGUUCAAGCAGGUUAUACUCCAAGAGGUCUGUUGACCCUCCUUCCUUCCUUGCCGUUCAGGAUGCAAAAGAUCUGCCCUCGCAUCGUGCUAACCUCGAGAACCACAGAGCCAGAGAGAUCCAGGCACAAGAAGGCAUUCCUGGUCUUCCCCUCAACCCUUGGGGCGGACCUCCCACAAGUGGCAACUCGACGCCCCUCCGCGAGAACAUCCCCGAAUCGCCCACCGAUGGCUUCCCCGACUUUGCUCCUCCUAUGCCUGCUUCCGAGUUGCCCCAAGCUCGCCGUGCCCGGGCUGGCACUUUGCCCUCCCGCUUCUCACCUGGCGGACCAAACCUCCCGCCUGGCCUGUCCAGGUCCAACCGAGUCACACCUUCCCACACCCCGCUCAAGUCGCCCUCGCCGGCCCUCGACGGCAACGAACAAUCGUCCAGCAGCUCCGCGCUGCUGUCCCGCCUUCGUGCCGGAUCCAUGCCCCAGCGGAGCCCGUUCGCUCACGUGCCCGGCACCAGCUCCCCUUUUGGCCCCUCCAUCUUCAGCAGCUGGAAUCCAGCCGGCGUCGGUCGUGAGCGUGGUUCGACUCUGGCUAGCAUCGCGAGCAUUGGUUCCAACGGACCGAGCUCCCCCGCCCAGUCUCACUUUUCGAAGGAAGGCGCGACGCCGCAGCCGCCCCGUGCCCAGCUUGCCACCCCGUACCUGCCUGCCAACUACAACGACUUGUCGAAAGCUAGCCGCUUCCGAUCCUACUCGGUGAACAACAAGGACAAGUACGCAGACGAGGAGGAUGAUUACGACGAGAUGGACGGCAUGUACCUCGAAAGCCAGUACGCAGCCCAGCUGCAGGAUCAGCUCGCCGCCACCAAUGCUGCUAUUCACAGCCAUAACAUGGCGGUGCAGGCUUUUGUCAACCAAGCCAGCCGUCCCCGCGCGCGAACCGCUGGCGUCCUGGACACUCCCGGUUCGCGACUGAUGCGUACAUACCUUCCAAACAACGGCGGCGGACCCCCCUCGCUCUCUUCCGCCGAACUUCGCCUCCCCGACGACAAGGACUACGAUGAACUGCCGCAGGCUGUCGCUGCUAUGAACUUGGGACGGUCCAACAGCCGAAACGCCGGUCUGCUGAACGCUGAGGAUCAAGGACUCGAGGGACCUACCAGUGCUCUAUGGCUGGGAAGCAUUCCCACCUCCACCACCACCUCUACCCUGACCGAGAUGUUCAAGUCCUAUGGCCCGAUCUUGUCAGCGCGAGUUCUCACCCACAAGAACUGUGGAUUCGUCAAUUUCGAGCGCGUUGAGAGUGCUAUCACUGCCAAAGCGAGCAUGAACGGCAAAGAGAUCUUCCCUGGCGCUGGCCCUAUCCGUAUCAACUUUGCCAAGCCCCCCUCUGCCUCAAACACCCCCGGCCACGACGGUGUGUUCCCUUCGCCCAGUCCCGAUCCCUUCGCCAAAGGACAAGAGAAUGGUCAGGGUGGCGCUGGAUCUGCCUCGAACCCAGCAGACGGUUCCACUGUGCCGGCUCGCUCCGUCAACACUCCUCCCAACGCCCCGUCCCUGCAGGAAUCAACCGCCGACAUCCUCCAGAUCGUUAAGCAGUUCCAGGCCUCGGAGGAGGAUCUGUACAGGAUAUCCGGCAACCUGCAAUCCGCCGUUCAGUUCGACGCUUUCGUCGAAGAGAUCCCUCCCAUCCGUGAGCCCGCGCACUCGCGUGUCCAUGAUGCCCCUAAGCUGCGGGACAUUCGCAAGAGGAUCGACAACCAAAGCCUGUCAAAGUCAGAGAUUGAGAACAUAGCCGUCGACAUGCUCCCGGAGAUCGCCGAGCUCUCCUCCGACUACCUCGGCAACACGGUCGUACAGAAGCUCUUCGAGCACUGCUCGGAUGAGCUGCGUGACGCCAUGCUGGCCGAGAUUGCGCCUCACAUGGCCGAGAUUGGUGUGCACAAGAACGGCACCUGGGCGGCGCAGAAGAUCAUUGAUGUUUGCAAGACGCCGCAGCAGAUGAUGCUGAUCGUGGAGCACUUGCGCCCCUACACCAUUGGUCUUUUCCUGGACCAGUACGGCAACUACGUCUUGCAAGGCUGCCUCAAGUUCGGUGCGCCGUACAAUGACUUCAUUUUCGAGACCAUGGUCGGUAGGUUGUGGGAUGUCGCUCAAGGUCGCUACGGCGCUCGCGCCAUGAGGGCCUGCCUUGAGAGCCACCACUCCACCAAGGACCAGCAGCGAAUGCUUGCUGCCGUCAUCGCUCUGCACAGCGUGCAGCUGGCGACCAAUGCGAACGGUGCACUGCUUCUCACCUGGUUCCUCGACACUUGUACCUUCCCUCAGCGCCGCACGGUCCUCUCGCCGCAGCUCGUCCCCUAUCUGCACGACAGCGCAGCGCCCUCGUCUCGCCAAGCCACAUCAACGCCACCAGCAGGCGGCGCCCGGCAACAAGCAGUUCUACACCAGAUGAACCCCGCAUCUACCCCCAACUACGAUGCAGGCGGCUUCAAUGGCCAGCGGAACGACGCAGCCGACGCCAGCAUGGUUCCCUUCCCUUCCUACGGAGGUCAGAACCCCGCCAUGUUCAACCCGGCCAACCAGAUGCCUCCCACCCCGGCCAACCUGCAGCAGAUGCAGUAUCAGCAGAACAUGCUUCAACGUGGCACCCCUCCCAACUUCUUUCCUCCCAUGCAGGCCGGCUUCAGCCCUAGCCCGUCAAUGGACCACUACAGGAACCAAAACAUGCCCAAUGGAAGCCCGAUCCAGCCGGCUGCGACUCAGGCCCCCCCCGGCAUGGGCCCUGCGCCAGGCUACGGAGCCCCUGGCUAUGGCAUGAGCAUGGGCAUGCCUGGCGGAUACGGUUACAAUGGAAACAUGGGCGGUAUGCAGAACCUCAACGGCAUGCAGAACAUGGGCUACAUGCAGCAGGAACAGGUCAAUGGCAGACGUGGUCGAGUAGGUCGUUCCCACCCAGGGCAUCCUCGCUAG